AUGAAUCUUUCCCAAGAGACUUCAGCAUCAUCCGAUGCCGACGCCACCAACUCUCGCUUUUAUGAGAACCUAAUCACUCGGUUGGGUCGAUCCUUGAAGCAUCACCCAAAUUUUGAUGAAGAAGAGGAGGAAGACGAUGAUGAGCCAUGGUGCCAUUGCAAGCAGGGAUCUCUUGGGAGUGAAGGCAUCCGUUGUGAUGUUCCAAACUGUCGCGUUCGAUGGUAUCAUAAGGCAUGUCUACCCUACAAAGACCUUCAACUCGCGGAAGACUUCGAUCUAUGGAUCUGUCCGAACUGUCUCGUGCAUCAACUCCUCGAUCUUAUCAGAGAACAGAAUCCCACCGGCGCAUUUCCACAGCUCGAAGCUGGCAUGGACGAAGCUAUGACACAACAGAUCAACAUGGCGCUCAUCGAUGUACGAUUACAAGAGCGUGGGCAAUGGAUUUUCAAGAAUCCGGUCAAGAGUGCUGCGCGUCGCCGCCAACGAGAGAUGGAGCAGUCGGCGCGUCUCAGACCCGACACACCUAUCUCAAUUGCAAGUACAGGCAAUUUGCACCCUGAAAGCGUCACUUCUAGAGCAUCAAGUCGGAGCGACACCCCCAAGCCAGGCACAUUAGGUGCAAACGCGUCAUUCACCGAAAAGCUAUCCAUGUCAGUUGACAAUGCCCGCAGUUUGCAAGAGACGGCACGUAUCUGGACUUCUCAAUCCACCCAGGUCGUAGAGAUGUAUGAGAGCACGUUGAUGGUUGAAUACAAGCAUGGUUGUAAGAUCCCAAAACUACAUAAUGAAAUCAACAACAGUCGCCGCAUCCUUCUCAAAUGCAACCACGCCAAUGGUCAAACCAACACUAUCGAAGUUUCGCUUGAUCUUCUCCUCAACUUCUGCCUCAAUCUGCACUUUGUGUUUCGGCAACUUCUUGAUCAACCAUCUUCGCAGGGCUUACUCGGGACCGUCCGCCUGAAGCACAUUGGCAUAAAAGUUCUGAAGAGAGCGCUCAAGUUUCUCCAGGGUGGCCCUCUUGCAAUCCCUCUCCCCGAUAACGACACCCCACUCACCAAGAAACAAAAGUCGACUUUGGUCCAAUACACCCACUUGGCGCACAUGCUUAGCAUCCAACCCCUCCAGAAUGCAGCCAUGCACGCUCUGUGCACGUCCAUCCUACGGCGCCCUCAGGACUGGUCGGACCAAGUGGAACUCGGGGCCUUGCUCCAGAAGAUGACGUUCAAGACCAACCCUGCUCGUCGAGUAUUGAUUGAUGGACCCGACUGCCUGCUGUCGGAUAAAAACAGCCAAGACCUACCUUGUGGUGUGGAACAACGAGACAUUAUCUGCAUGAACCGCGGAAUCAAGGCGUUAUGGAGAACAGGGGGUCGGAUGUCCUUCGAGUAUGCUAGAAAUCUACACGUCAUGGAAGAAAACCGUGUCAGCAGUACCCAUCGCGCGAACGAACAAGUCAGCCACAGCCAGGAAGAUAUCGACAUGGAAAUGGAAGUGGAUGAUGACAACGGUGGUUGUUUUGUGGGAAAGCAUCUCGACCACGAUAAUACUGCUGUGUCAGACGAUGAAAACGACGACAAUUUUCAGGAGACUGAUUCUGACGACAAUGCCCAAGACGGAAGUGUAUCGGAAGACGAGUAUAUCGAUCUUUGA